AUGCAGGCACAAUACAUGAAAAAUGAUCCAAACUACCUCAGUUGCAAAAACAAAGAAUGCAAGAAAUACCAAAAUGGGAAAUGUGUUAUCUCAACGUGCAGUGGUUCAAUACAGUUUCAUGUUAUCAAUAUUAGAAGUGACAUUGAGUUCGUGUUCUUCUCUGAUGGAUUCCUGAAACCCUGCCUUGUGGGAAGGUCCACGCCUCUGAGUUUUGCUAAUCCCAAGAUGCCACUCUAUGGACAUCUAUCAAGCAUAGAUUCAACUGGAACAUCGAUGAGAUUGACAUGGGUUAGUGGAGACAAGGAACCUCAGCAAAUCCAAUAUGGAAUUGGAAAAACAGUUACUUCAACAGUCACUACAUUCUCACAAGCUGAUAUGUGCAGUUCAGCGCUGCCCAGUCCUGCUAAGGAUUUUGGAUGGCAUGAUCCGGGUUACAUCCAUUCAGCAGUUAUGACAGGACUAAAGCCUUCCAGCGCCUUUUCGUACAAAUACGGAAGUGACUCGGUUGGUUGGAGUAAACAAAUCCAGUUUUCAACUCCACCAGCUGGAGGAUCUGAUGAGCUCAGAUUCAUUGCGUAUGGUGAUAUGGGUAAAACUCCUCUUGAUGCUUCUAAAGAACACUACAUUCAGCCAGGAGCUCUUUCAGUGAUUAAAGCAAUAGCCAACGAUGUAAAUUCCAACAAAGUAAAUUCAGUCUUUCACAUCGGAGAUAUAAGCUAUGCAACAGGUUUUCUAGCAGAAUGGGAUUUCUUUCUUCAUCUCAUCAACCCAGUAGCUUCCAGGCUUUCUUAUAUGACAGCAAUAGGGAAUCAUGAGAGGGAUUAUAUAGAUUCUGGUUCAGUAUAUGUUACUCCUGACUCUGGUGGGGAAUGUGGAGUACCUUAUGAAACAUACUUUCCAAUGCCAACUUCAGCAAAAGAUAAGCCUUGGUACUCUAUUGAACAAGGAAGUGUUCAUUUCACAGUAAUGUCAACUGAGCAUGAUUGGUCAGAGAAUUCUGAGCAGCAUAAGUGGAUGCAAAAGGACAUGGCAUCGGUUAAUCGACAGAAAACUCCUUGGUUAAUCUUCAUGGGACAUAGACAGAUGUACACUUCUCACCAUGGAUUUUUACUUUCUGAAAACAAAUUUAAUGAAGCUGUGGAGCCAUUGCUAUUUCAAAAUAAGGUUGACUUGGCUCUUUUCGGCCAUGUGCAUAACUAUGAGAGAACUUGUUCUGUGUUUCAACAUAAAUGUAAAGCCAUGCCUACAAAAGAUAAAAAUGGAGUAGACACAUAUGAUGGCCGAAAUUACAGUGCCCCUGUGCAAGUUGUCAUUGGCAUGGCUGGCUUCACCUUGGACAAUUUCUCAAACAAUGGGGAGAGCUGGAGCCUGAAAAGGAUUUCCGAGUUUGGUUAUUUAAGAGCACACGCUACAAGGAACCUCUUAAACGUGGAGUUUGUCAUCUCGGAUACAAAAGAAGUUAAGGACAGUUUCCGUAUAACAAAGUGA